AUGGAGACCAACUGCGGAAAGGAGCCUGUACUUCCUCAAGAGCCACAAGAACCGAUCGGCCAUAGCCUCUUUUGUCUCGUCGAUGGAGAGCCCACAUCAAACGCUUUCUCGAUCAGGGACAUUCCCUCCUCGGACACAGUUGACAAUCUCAAGCAGUUAAUCAAGGCCAGGAAGGCCAAUGAUUUCCACAAAUAUCGAUGCGGACAAACUCACGCUCAGGCGCGUCUUGAUCCCCUCGCUGAAGCCUAUGAACGCGACGUUCUCAUGCUAAAUGUCCUGGAUUCAAAGGAAGAACUUCGUCCGCUGGACGACAUCUCAGAUGUGCUCCCUGAGGGUGCAGCCAAGAAAACAAUCCACACCAUUGUUCAGCGGCCACCACCAGCUGCUCCUGUCAACGUUCCAGGCCAUCUCUUGCAAGAAUCUCGUCUCGCUUCUCCGCCUUUUGACUCCGAUGUGUCUGAGUCCACACCAGUCAUGUCCCCUCUCAGCAUGAAGCAUCCGUGA